AUGACCCGAAGCGACGACGUCACGCCAACCCCGGCUCUGACAGGACGAUUACUAAGAGCGCUGGGGCUCCCUUCGUCUCCUCUUCUUCCUCGGCGCCAACGUCUGCAGCGGGGCCUCCUCCGCCGCGGCGUUUCCACUUCCGGCUGGACUGCCACCGAGACUACCGACCACGACACCGACACCACCGACGCGAACGCGCUGGAGCUCAUCGCUUGGCCGUACUCUGCUGCGCCCGCCGCCCCCGCCACAGACCCGUCAACGCCGAGAUCAUCGACGCCGACGACAAGCGAUUGCUGUUCUCCUGGUUGCGACUGCGAGUACGACCCCUUUGGGACAACGACCCGGCGGCGGCAUUCUCCAUCAACGCCACUAGAGAGACCACAAGGCCACAGGCGAGCUAACUCUCUCGACUCAACGACCACCACUUCUUCAAACGAUUCUUCCUCUUCAUCCUUCUCAUCGGUUUCUUCGCGCUCCCGUUGGAACCCGUUCUCUUCCGCGACCGACGAAUUGACCUCCGUGAACCGACGAUUCAGUGGCGUGGACGAUAAAAGGAGUAAAAAAUCGAGAGAAAGGAGGAGGAGAAACAAUCAAAGCAAAGACUGGGGAAACAUGAGCGGCUUCACAAAAUUUCGCGCUGGCCUUACAGCCGCCGGCUGCGCUGCCAUCAUCUUCACAGGCGCCACCUAUGGCGCAGGCUUGAAGACACAAAAGGAAUGGAAAGAGGAACGACAAAGCUUCUGGGAGUCUCCGUACGAUGAGCAAAUUUCUCUCCUGCAGGGCCAGCGUGGCCGGUUAGUUACAGAGCGCCGGAAGUGGGAGAGAAAGCUCGAGUAUUUGGAUGAGAGGAUAAAAGAGGGAGAGGCUAAGAAGCCACAAAGCUAA